AUGCAGCUCAUCAUUUCCAUCAUUCUCCUCAUUACGGCGCUGAUCCACGCCGCACCAACAACCGACACGACACAAACACCCUCACCACUCACGCGACGCGCCGUCAGCGCGGCGCUGGUCCCAUCCUUUGGCGUCACGCGCAAUGCCAACGCCAACGCCAAACAGCGCGGCAGUUGCGACGGCUCCAACGGCCAAAACACGGUCCUAAUACCCUGCUCCUGCCCACCCGACAGGGACGCCUUCCUCGCCAAACUCUCAACCGCCGUGGCGCAGGGCAACGUAUUUGGCGACAAAAUCACUUUUAGCAACGACGCGGCCGACCAAUCCGAGGCCACCAACAAAAAGCGCGCCACCGCUAUGCUGCUGGUCCUGCAGAGCUUCGACGGCACAAAGGGCAAAGGCUGCCCUGGGGCUUCGGCACCGAAUUUUUUGCUGCAGCAGAAGGAUGGGAAAAAGAGGGAUUAG